UCUAGUGUACCUGCACGUGUAAAACAAAAACAUUGAUAAAUGCAUUGUAAAGCACUGUAAAACUGCAAAAAUAAAACGAAAAUGGGUAAAUUAAACGUAACAGUGCUGCGCUACCUGACCAAGGAGGACUUCCGCGUCCUCACGGCCAUCGAGAUGGGCAUGAAAAACCAUGAGCUGGUCCCCGGACCUUUGGCUGCUGCCAUUGCGAAUCUGAAGACGGGUGGAGUCCACAAGUUGCUCAAGGAACUCUGCAAGCACAAGCUGUUAGCCUAUGAGCGCGGCAAGAAGUAUGAUGGCUAUCGCUUGACCAACACGGGCUACGAUUACCUGGCUUUAAAAUCCCUUACCUUGCGGGGAUCGGUGAGCUCCUUCGGCAACCAGAUCGGCAUCGGCAAGGAGUCCAAUAUCUAUGUUGUGGCUGAUGAGGAGGGUACUGCCAUUUGUCUGAAACUCCACCGAUUGGGUCGCACUUGCUUCAGAAACGUGAAAGCUAAGAGAGAUUACCACGGUCGCCGGCACAAGGCCUCAUGGUUGUACCUGUCUCGCAUAUCGGCCACCCGUGAGUUUGCCUACAUGUCCGCGUUAUACGAUCGUGGAUUUCCUGUCCCCAAACCCAUCGAUUUCAAUCGUCAUUGCGUUCUCAUGGAUCUCGUCAAGGGCUGGCCCAUGACCCAAGUUCAUGAGCUGCUUGAUGCUCCACAGGUAUACGAUGACCUCAUGAAUCUGAUUGUUCGACUGGGGAAUUCCGGGGUUAUCCAUGGCGAUUUUAACGAGUUUAAUUUAAUGGUGACGGACGCCGGCAAGCCCAUACUGAUUGACUUUCCUCAAAUGAUGUCCACCUCGCAUGAGAAUGCUGAGUUCUUCUUCGAUCGCGAUGUAAACUGCGUGCGUGAAAUGUUUCGUCGCAAGUUUGGAUACGAAAGCGAAGACUACCCCAAGUUCAGCGAUUUGGUGCGCGAAGAUGAUCUAGAUGCCGAGGUACAUUGCACGGGCUAUGGCUUCACCAAGGAGAUGGAGCAGGAUCUGCUUCAGGAGUACGGCAUGGUAGAGCAAGUAGAUGAGGAUGACGAGGGAGAGGAUGUUGAAGAGGAGGAGGAGCCUCCCACCUUGGUUACUGCAGCAGCUGUAGAGAUUGACGAAUGUCGACGUCAGGUGGAGAACGAGGUGUUCUACAGCGAGACCAAGCCAGCACAAAAGUCAGAUGAUGCAGUACGUCGCUACAUUGAAUCGUGCACGCAAUAUCUGGGUAAUCUGACUGUAGGACCUGAGGUUUCCGAUCAGACACUGCCUCAGGAAGUAGAUGUUUCCCUUCCGGUUGAAACUUCACAUGUUAUUCCAGCCGUCGUUGAAGCUCAAGAAGUUAUUCCAGCCGUCGCUGAAGCUCCAGCUGCACUCAGUGCUACGGAAGACGUCAGGUCAAUCAGUUCCAACGAUCUGGAUACCGACGAAGUGCCUGAGUUGGUUGGUCUGGAUCCCAACUCACGCAUGUAUCGCCUCAAAAUGGUCGAACAAAUGCUAAAUGAUGCAAGAAGUCAGCGCUCUUACUCUACAACAACCAGCACAAUAGCUCCGUCUGUGAUUACCGACCGAAUACGGCGCAACAUGGACAUAAAGGAGAAGCGGGAGCAGCGCAAAAAGUGUGUGGCCAAGGGAGAAGCAAGUGCUGUGCAUCGUCAUCGCAAGGAGAACAAAGAUGUGGUAAAGGAAUACGCCGGCUGGGACUUCUAAUUCUGGUUGAGCCUAAAAAUCUAUUAGAAAAUAGACAACUCUUUCUUACUCCUUAUAGUGAUAUGUAUAUUUAAAAUAAAGAGAGCCUGCUCUUAAGAUUUCA